GGGGGGUCCACUCUCUCUUAACACCCCCCCCAGGCUUGGAACCCAGGGUCCAUUAGGAGAAGACGGAGAAGGCAGUACAGACAGACCGCAGUACAGACAGGGUAGAGCAGGCAGGACAAACGGACCGCAGGACAAACGGACCGCAGGACAGACAGUAGAGGGUUGUGGUUGUGUAUCCUUCUUCUUUCAUACAGGAGACUGCAAGAGCUGAUGUUUGGCCUCUACAGACAGCAUGACCAGCAGAGGCGCUUACACUGUGAAUAAGAUGGCAUCAACAACUCCUCCACCUCAGAGACGUGUGGAGAAGCCUCAGAAGAAGCCGACGGCGGAGGCGGUGAGAGGGGCGAUCCAGCUGGGCAUCGGCUACACCGUGGGGAACCUGAGCUCCAAACCCGACAGGGACGUCCUCAUGCAGGACUUCUACAUGGUAGAGAGUGUGUUCUUGCCCAGUGAAGGCAGUAAUAUGACCCCAGCGCAUCACUACCCAGACUUCCGAUUUAAGACCUACGCCCCACUGGCCUUCCGAUACUUCAGAGAGCUGUUUGGAAUCAAGCCUGAUGACUACCUGUACUCCAUCUGUAAUGAGCCCCUGAUUGAGCUGACCAACCCGGGGGCCAGCAGCUCCUGGUUCUACCUGACCAGCGACGACGAGUUCAUCAUCAAGACCGUCACGCCCAAGGAGGCCGAGUUUCUCCAGAAGCUCCUGCCAGGGUACUACAUGAACCUGAACCAGAAUCCCCGCACACUGCUGCCCAAGUUCUACGGGCUCUACUGCGUCCAGUGCGCCGGCAUCAACAUCCGACUGGUCGUCAUGAACAACGUGUUGCCGCGGGCGAUGAAGAUGCACUACAAGUACGACCUGAAGGGCUCCACCUACAAGCGGCGCGCCUCGCGGAAGGAGCGGACCAAGGGCUCGCCCACCUUCAAGGACCUGGACUUCCAGGAGAUGAUGAGCGAGGGACUCUUCUUCGACCCCGAGACCCACAGCGCCUUGAUGAAGACACUGCAGAGAGACUGCCGGGUUCUGGAGAGCUUUAAGAUCAUGGACUACAGCCUGCUGCUGGGCGUGCACGUUGUGGAGCGGGGGCUGAGGGAGAGGGGGGGACGUGGGGACAGUAAGAGACAGAAGGUCCUCUACUCCACCGCCCUCGAGUCCAUCCAGGGGGACGGCAAAGCUGCCAAACCUGUGCCUGACGACGACACGUUGGGGGGCAUUCCAGCCAAACACAAAGAGGAGAAGCUGCUCAUCUUCCUCGGGAUUAUCGACAUUCUGCAGUCCUACAGAUUCAUCAAGAAAGUGGAACACUCCUGGAAAGCACUCGUUCACGAUGGGGACACCAUCUCUGUGCAUAGACCCAGCUUCUACGCUGACAGAUUCCUCAAGUUCAUGGGCGGUACAGUCUUCAAGAAGACCCACCCCUUGCGUGGGUCGUCUCGUCGAAAGCGCACGUCUCUGCACGCCCAGCGCUCGGCAUCACAGGAGCUCCUGUCCACCCCGACGGAGCCGCAGAAGGAGAGGAAGACUCAGAGUCUCGCCAGCCUGGACAGCCCCGACAUGUCCUGUGGAGGCCAGCCUGACGUGGUUCCAUCCUCGGCUGACCUGGGUGAGGUGUGUUCGGCCCUCACCCUCUCCUCCUCCUGCUCUUCGGCCUCCAGAUCAGACGCUUCCUCGGAGAGCAGGGGGGAGCGCCGCACGUCCAGUGCAACUCUGGUGCUGGGAGCCGCCACCCCCCCCUCGCGUGACCCCUCCUCAGCACCCUCCUCCGACUCUGAGCUGGAUGUUUACCUGUGAGGAGCUGAGGGGCCUUGCUGGUGGAGUCCCACGGAUGAUGUCACCCAGAGAGGCGGAGUCUGGAGGCUGAGUGACGUCUGGCCCUUUCAGGCUCCAUUUCCCCCCACAGCUCCCUCUGCUGGCCAGAGCCAGCGCUGACCGCUGAGUCCCUCUCCCAUUCUGCUGCUGCCGGAGGAGGCCAGGUAUCAGCAGACCAACCCUCAGUGACUGUCAUCACCACUGGCCCCUCCCACCCUGAAUCACUUCCCCUUUAGGCCCCACCCCCUCUGCCCAGGUAGCUGCUGAUUCCGGAACAGCACACCUUCCUGUGUGUGUGUGUGUGUGUGUGUGUGUGUGUGUGUGACUGUGUGUGUGUGUGUGUGUG